AUGGAAUAUUUACUUCAUUAUAUAUAUAUUAUACUUCAUUGGCGGUAUAAAUAUAUAAACGCGAUACAGAAGUAUAGAAAUGAAGGAAGAAAUAUAGUUUAUAUAGACGAAACCUGGGUCGACAACGAUUUGACUUUUCAAAAGUGUUGGCAAAGCACUGAUGUUUUUGGUAUUACUAGUAACAUCAGAGCAAGUGGUCGUUUAGUUAUUGUUCAUGCGGGUUGUCAGAAUGGCUUUAUUCCCAAUGCCAGUUUGAUAUUCAAAGCUGGUCAAGCAACUGGGGAUUAUCACGGACAAAUGAAUCGCGAAAAUUUUAUGAAAUGGCUGGAGGAAAAAUUAAUUCCCAAUAUUCCGGCUAAUUCAGUGGUCAUCUUUGAUAAUGCACCAUAUCAUUCCGUGCAAGAGAAUAAAGUGCCGACCAAAUCAAGCACCAAGAAAACUAUGAUCGAUUGGUUGACGGCAAAUGGAAUAUCUCACAACCCAGCUGAACGCAAAUGGGAAUUGUUCAACAACAUAAACCACCUGAGGAUGAAAAAAACUACGUAGUAGAUAGAGUAUUGCGUUCAUAUGGACAUACUCCGUUGCGUACACCACCUUAUAUGUGCGAUCUCAACCCAAUCGAACUGAUAUGGGCCCAGUUGAAACAUUUUGUUCGUAGUCGCAACACUACUGGCGACAUAUCCAUUAAAAAUUUAAUAGAACAAGUACAACUGGGCAUUGCUUCUAUCACACCUGCACGUUGGGCUGAUACUGUAAACAUGUAGUAAAUAUUGAAAAAAAAAACUACGAAACUGAUCAUUACAUGGAAGAGGUAGAACCACUAAUUAUUCAGCUUGGCGAGGAAGAUAGCAGUGAAGAUGAAUCCGAUGAAAGCGAUGCCGAAGAAAAUACCAGUGACGAGGACUAAUCAAUAUUACAUUUUAGAAUGAAAUAUAAUAAAUAAAUUUUAUGUAUGUUUAAACGUUUUCGAUAUAUACAGGGUGAUUGGAAAGUACAACUAUUUAGGUUCAUUUAGA